UUGAGUAAUGCAUCGAAUAAUAAAUAAAAUAUUUGAUUCAAAUUAAAGGAAAUGGCAACAGUGAACAAACUUCUUCCGACUGCACACGAGUUCUAUGCAGAGUUACAGGAUAGGACUGACUUUGCUGAGGCGCAGCGUCAUAAGAGAUUCUUGGCGGUUUUGCUGCUGCAGCGGAUGGCUCGUGGCCACUUGAUAAGGAAGCACGUGGCUUGGCUGUCGAAGAACGCUACGACGAUACAGUGUGCGUUCAGGGUGCAUAGAGCUAGGAAGGCGUACCGCGCAGCGUUGAGGCGAGCGGUUCGGAAUAAGCACGCUCGACAUUACGCUCGGGCUGCUAGAAUAAUACAGGCACUAUGGCGUGGGCAUUAUUCGAGAAGAACGAAAUUCUGUUACCGCUCCUACCGAAAGUGGCUGGCAACUGUCACCGAACGCGGAGAAAGAAGAGCGGCAGAAGCUGCAGAAUUCGGCAUCAGGAGCCGAGCAGAUGACCUCCGAAUCCUAGAAGAGGAAGCCAGGCAUUGGCUAGCAUUCGUCGUCUUCAAAUUACACCACUUAUUGAGAACCUACGUCUGUGCCGGCGUAUACUCCGAACCAGCUUCCACAGAGCUAUCCGAAUUCGAAAAGCUUCUAAAAUCCAUCCAUUACACCGAGUACAUGAAGCGCUUGAAAAGAAAAUACGACGAGUUUGUCAGGAAACAUCGCCCACGGUUCUCCAACAAGAGACUUUUCCCAAUAAUUGGUGAUGGAGCGGAUUACUGGUACAUGUCGUUAGCUGAGAUGUAUGAGCUGACUACUCCAGUGCAGAAAAAGAUGGAUACGAGGCACAAAGCAACGCACCAUGGUCAGAUACAUAAAGAACCGUUUUUAUGGAAAAUGGUUAGGCCUCCGUGCCCUAGCGAAGGUAGAGGGCCGUUCACACCCCCAAGGUCACCAGUGUCCAGGACUCCACCUACCCCUGCCCCCACUCCGACGGCUGGGGGAGAUGCUUUGCACACAGAUCCUCGAUUCCACCUCUACGUCAAACAUUACACGCCGCAACCAGCGCUUUUCGAUUAUGUUGAUUUUCAUAUAAACGUCCUUCUCAGAAGGAAGUGCUCGGUUGAAAAUAUAGACAAGGAAUAAUUUUAUCAGAUUUUAUUUUCAAUAUUUGAAAUAGCGGUGGUUUGUUUGAAAACACUUGGUCCCAACAUUGACGUGUAUUAUUUCUCCUUUUAUUUUUCUUGCUCGGAAAUCCGUAAUCAGGCUGCUAAGUUUGGAAGGGUCGUCCGGAUGUUGCGAGCCGCGAGCCUUUUGUUGUUUCGCUUUUGUUGUUGUGAAUUUUACACUUGUAAUUUAUUUCAGGAAACGCCUUGGUGAGAAAGAAAUUACGUUAAACUCUCCAAGGAAAAUGUGUUUUGUAAAUUAACAUUUCGCCUCUGUGGGUUUAAAGGUCGGCGUGUUUUUAUUUAUUGUCCAAAAUUAUAAGUGGAUCGCCCUUAAUAUUUAUUACUCUUAAUGGUUAUCCAGUUCACAUUGUGUCAGGAUAUUCCAGUUGAUUUGAAUAUUAUUUAACUCGAGGGCUUUGGAACAAGAGAUGCGGGAAUUAAAAUUAAUACACUGCUUCUUCUGUUAUUAACGGCGUGUUAUAUAAGCGGAAUGUGCGCGUUAAUUUAAGCAGAUAAUAUGUCUAAUAUUCCAACGUAAGUCUUCCAACUCAUUUGUCUGACAAUACCCGUUUGACUCGGCAAAUUUAUUAGGGUCAGAAUAAUGCAGGUUGCGGGUACCAGAACUCCUUAUUGCAGCCCGUCUUAGCCGGGUACCCAUUUGUUAGACGUAUAAUGGUUGACCCACUUUACUUAUGUGCUACCAAGCUGCUUGAAUGGGGUGUGAUUUUCGCAUCGCAAAGCCACAGAGAGACAAUUACUCGUAUGUGAACCCGCCGUGUUCUUGACAAUAACCUUAUUGAACCGAUCUAAAUGUAACGUAAUUUGAAACGGCCUUUGUUGUAUUAAGGUUGUAUAAUGAUUCGAUAAUCAAACUGUUUGAUAUUGAUUUUGUUUGGUACCUAUUUGUAUAGUUAUAAUUUGAUUGUGUAGACGUGUCCCUUUGUUUGAGGCAAAUUAGUAAAUUGUACAUAUUAUACUAUGGCUUUAUGUUUACAUGAUCGGAGUAUAAUGACUUGAUUGAAUGUUCAAAUAGGUCAUAUUAUUGUGUUUCUGGGAACUAGGUACAUAUUAUUACAAGAAACAUUCCAUUUGUUAUGUCUUGAAGUGUUUUUAUUGAGUCUCUAUUUUAAUCUGAAUUGCAAAUUAAUUUAAAGUACUGAACUUUAUUCUGCAUUUGAAAUAUGUACCAAUAAAAUAUGUCUAACGUGAAAUCUGAUACUCUUUAGAAAACCAUAAAAAUUUGAUAACGUCCGUACCAACUAUUGAAAACCGUUCAAGGAAAACCUCGAAAAAGCGGUCGGAAAGUGCCCUUCUCACCUUAUCUUAUCUGGUCCCUAAAUCAAGUUCAAUACCUGUCAUUCCGACGUAUUUAUAGUGAGUUUACCUUUAUUUUGCCUUCGGUUUGAGAAGUUCUCGCGAGCUGUCAGCCCGCUGCUGGGGUGUUUGAUACAUGAAUAAUGUAUGGGCUAAAUUUGCAAGUGUUUCAAUUUACACCCGCCGACACUCCGUACGCACAAGUAGUUGAGAAAAAAAGGAAACAACAGGGGAUGGGGGGGUAUUCUGGUGGCUAAUGACUUGGAAGCGGGUAGAAGUUUGGGAAGAAAUUAAAGACAUUCUGAAUAUCUAUGUACUACAAGGUU